GUUUAGAAAAAUCUUACCGAUCCGAUAGAGACUCGCAUAUCACUUUUCUGUUUAUCUCUGGACUUUUCACCAAGAAUCAAGUACCGUGCAAAGCCAAAAAUUAGUGUGGCAAUAACACUUCUCGGCCAACAAACAGUCUCAGGUGUAAAACCAACCUCAAGUCCUACACACGACGUCGUUUUACGAUCGAUCUACCUGAAAUCAACGUCGUUGGGAGUUUGCGACAGCACAAGUCGGUUAUUGUGGCUGUGAAAGUGUUGAUCCAUUUCUCCGUAGCCUAAAUCUCCGAUACGAUAUAUUUUCAUCUAUUUUUCAAUUGAUAGAAGAAAGGAAUUCGUAAUUCGUAAAAAGGAGCAAGAGAAAAAGGCGAAGAAGAAAAAUGGCGGUGGACGAUGUUCCAUUGGACGACAAGGCAAAGAGAAUGAGGGAUCUAUUGUCAAGCUUCUACGCUCCAGAUCCUUCAAUGUCCCCCCAAAACAAUAACUCUUCGCCUUCCCAACCCGCAACCCUAGACGCCAUCAACACCACUUCCUUCAAUCCUGACCAGUACAUGAAUCUCCUGGCACAAAAAUCAAACCUGGAAGGUCUUCUUCAGAGGCAUGUUGAAAUGGCAGCUGAAAUAAAGAACCUUGACACGGACUUGCAAAUGUUAGUUUACGAAAACUACAACAAGUUUAUCAGUGCUACAGAUACAAUUAAGAGGAUGAAAAGUAAUAUUGUGGGCAUGGAAGCAAAUAUGGAACACCUCCUUGAGAAGAUAAUGUCUGUACAAUCUAGAAGUGAUGGGGUCAAUACUUCCCUGUUUGAGAAGAGGGAACACAUAGAGAAACUGCACCGCACACGUAACCUUUUGCGUAAAGUCCAGUUCAUAUACGAUCUACCUGCUAGACUUGGCAAAUGUAUCAAAUCAGAAGCAUAUGCUGAUGCAGUCAGAUACUAUACAGGAGCAAUGCCGAUUUUUAAGGCAUAUGGAGACUCAUCGUUCCAGGAUUGCAAACGAGCAUCUGAAGAAGCAGUUACUAUAAUUAUAAAGAACUUGCAGGGAAAGCUCUUUUCAGAUUCUGAAUCCAUCCAAGCAAGAGCUGAGGCUGCAGUUCUUCUUAAGCAGUUGAACUUCCCGGUUGACAGCUUACAGGCAAAGCUACUUGAAAAGUUAGAACAAUCUCUGGAGGAACUUCAGCUUAAGAUGGAAGAGGUAGCUAAUGCUUCAGCAGAUUCUAACGAUCCUUCUAAACAAGGAAAUAUUUCUGAGGCAGUGCCUCCUACUGCUCAUGAGACUUCUGUUCGUGAGUUUGCGGAGGCUGUCCGUGCUUAUCGAGUAAUAUUUCCUGAUUCAGAUGAGCAACUUACUAAACUUGCACAAGCUUUAGUUACCAAGCAUUUUGAAAGCACUGAACAAUACAUAAAGAAUCGGAUAUGUGCAGCAGAUCUACUACAUGUUCUUGGAAUUAUUUGGAAAGAUGUGCUUCUCAUGGAUGAUGUGCUACCUGAAGCUGCUCUCCCUGAUUAUUCUUUAGAGGCUGCCCGAGUCGCUGUUAAACAGUAUGUUGCCAAUGCAUUUUCUCAUCUUCUGCAUGACAUCUCAGAUGCCCUUAUGAGAGCCCAUAAUAAACAAAAGGAAGGAGUGGAAGAGGAUUCCUUGCAGGUUGCUUUGGAGGCCAGCAAAAAAGCGGUGCUUCAAGGCAGUAUGGAUGCUUUGUUGGACUUCCGCCAACUUCUAGAUGACAGUUUAGGGCUACUUGUUAAACUCAGAGACUUGAUUGUUGACUGGGUCCAGGAAGGAUUUCAAAACUUCUUUGGGGCACUUGAUGAUCUCUUCCUCUUGCUUUCAGGAAGAAAUAGUUCAGCCCCUCAUGACAAUAGUUUGACAGAUGGAACACAAGGUGAAAAAGUUUUUGCUGGGCUUGUCUUAGUGCUGGCUCAACUUUCUCUUUUUGUUGAACAAACUGCCAUUCCAAGAAUUACCGAGGAAAUAGCUGCUUCCUUUUCUGGUGGUGGUGUUAGAGGUUAUGAAUAUGGGCCUCCAUUUGUUCCUGGAGAAAUAUGUCGAAUUUUUCAUUCUGCUGGUGAAAAGCUUCUGAACCUUUAUAUAAAUAUGAGAACUCAAAGGGUCUCUAUUCUCCUGAAGAAGAGGUUUACAACACCAAAUUGGGUCAAGCACAAGGAGCCCAGGGAAGUUCAUAUGUUUGUUGAUUUAUUUCUUCAUGAGUUGGAGUCAAUAGGAAGUGAAGUAAAGCAGAUUUUACCUCAAGGAUUGCGUAAGCAUCGUCGAAAUGACAGCAACGGAAGCACUGCUUCAUCUCGGAGCAACCCACUACGAGAGGAAAAAUUGAGUAGAUCAAAUACCCAAAGGGCCAGGAGCCAACUUUUGGAAACCCAUCUAGCAAAGUUAUUUAAACAAAAAGUUGAAGUUUUUACGAAAGUCGAAUUUACUCAGGAGUCUGUUAUAACAAUGGUAGUAAAACUAUGCCUCAAAAGCUUGCAAGAAUUCGUACGCCUGCAAACCUUCAAUCGUAGUGGAUUCCAGCAAAUUCAGUUGGAUAUUCAGUUCUUAAGGACUCCUGUACGGGAAGCAGUUGAAGAUGAAGCUGCCAUCGACUUUUUGCUUGAUGAGGUAAUUGUCGCUGCUGCAGAUCGUUGUCUUGACCCGAAUCCUUUAGAGCCGCCAAUCUUAGACAAACUUAUACAAGCAAAGUUGGCCAAAGCCAGGGAGUAUAGUCCAAUGUCAUCAUAACGUCCCAACUGCAGGGCCGGCCCAGUUUUAUUUGUGGUUAGGCGAGAAUAAAAAAAUUAAAGGCGUUUUAAUUUUAUAAUAAUUCUAAUAUUACUUACUGUAUAUUAGCCGUAUAUAUUUUUUAAAAUUCGUUUUACGUGUUUUGUUUGAAGAGACUGGAACUCUUUUUUCAAUGAAGGGUUUCGCAUUGAUAAAA